GCGAAAAGGUUCCGUGUCGCAGUUGCUUGGGAGGAAAAGAAAGAAGCGUACAUCAUGUCCAAAAGCCGCAAGCCGUCCUCACUAGCCUUCGGCCAGGCAGUGAUUGGGCCUCCAGGUUCGGGGAAAACAACUUACUGUCUUGGCAUGCAGGAAUUCCUUUCUGCAAUUGGGCGCAAGGUAGCUGUGGUGAAUCUGGACCCAGCCAAUGAAGGGAUUCCCUACCAGUGCGCUGUGGAUAUCUCAGAACUGAUCACCUUGACUGAUGUGAUGGAGAACUUGAAACUGGGACCCAAUGGUGGCUUGAUCUAUUGCAUGGAGUAUCUGGAGGCCAACUUUGACUGGCUGCAGGAGAAACUAGCCCAAUUUAAGGGGCAUUACUUCUUAUUUGACUGCCCAGGGCAAGUGGAGCUCUGCACCCACCAUAGUUCGUUGAGAAACAUCUUUGCUCAGCUUGCUAAGUGGAACUUCAGGCUGGCGGCUGUUCAUCUGGUGGAUUCUCAUUACUGCACAGACCCCGGCAAGUUCAUCUCCGUGCUCUGCACGUCCCUCUCCGCCAUGCUCCACGUAGAGCUGCCCCACGUCAACGUCCUCUCCAAAAUGGACCUGGUCGAACAGUACGGGAAACUGGCCUUUAACCUAGAUUAUUACACGGAGGUUCUUGAUCUGUCUUACCUGUUGGAUCACCUGUCUUCUGACCCUUUCUUCAAGAACUAUCAUCGCCUGAACAAGAAGCUUGUGGAAGUGAUUGAAGACUACAGUUUGGUCUCCUUUGUACCUCUCAAUGUCCAGGACAAGGAGAGCAUGCAGCGUGUGAUGCAGGCCGUGGACAAAGCCAACGGCUACUCCUUCGGGGACUUGGAGCACAGGAGCCUGGGCGCCCUGAUGUCUGCAGCGGUGGGAGCUGAUUUCCAUUUCACGUCCACACUAGCAGUCCAGGAGAAAUAUGUCCAGCCGCCGGAGGAGACGUUGGAGCAGGAAGCCAUGGACGUGUAGCGUGCCUGCCGCAGCUGUAGCUGGUGACCAGAGCUUACCCUGUCCCAGAUGCCUUCCCAUCAGGGGUGUGAGGGGGGGUCCCCUGUGUCACUGGACCUGAAGAAGAAGCCUCUAGCAAACACAGGCUACCACAAUGCAGCUCGUGCCCUUAGGUUCCUUCCAACAAGAGCUACCGUGCUGGGGUAAUUGGGAACCUGCCUACCCGAGAGAGAGAGGCUUUUCUCUCAGGAAGAUGGUCGUCCUGUGCAUGGUUUGUAGCUGACCAAAGAAGAAAUGGCAGUGUGUUGUGGUUUGGCACCUGUGAGCCCAGGAGUUGGCCACGUGUAGCCAAGAUCAAAUCUCCCAGCAAAGGGGCAAAAUAAUGGAUGUUGCCAUGAAAGACGUUUCCAUACAGAAUAACCAGAGAGAUGUCCCUGCUUCUGUUUCUCUAUUCUGUCCUUCUGCAACCGGGCGCUCCUCCAUAGGGGUUGGACUUCAGCUUCCCAUGGUUGAUGGGAGUUGUGGCCCAAACAUCUGGAGCGAGCCAGAUUGCAGAAGGCUGCUCUGCCUCGUUACGCAUUGCUCGGUUGUCACUAACUGCAGAGUUGUGCUCUGUUGGGGAGACUGCUGAAUAAAAACAUUUCCAUGCUCUCUGCACCAGACCUAUGCGCAUCUGUUCCCUGGUGUGUAAGUAUGGGCAGGCUUUUGGCAUUUGGGGGGGAUGUUGUGGCUCCCCCCUCCUUCUCCAAUAGUAGUUUGGAAGAGAAAAAAGAACAGAAGAAGAGCCCUGUUGCAUCACACCAAAGGCCUGUCCAGUCCAGCCUCCUGUUUCUCCCAGGGGCCCACCAGAUGCCCAUGGAAAGGCUGUAAGUAGGUCAUGGGGGCCGUGGCUCUUGUUCCCUAGCAAGUGGUAUUCAGAGGUAGGUCACCUCUGAUCCUGGAGGCAGUACAUAGCUGCCAUUGAUAGACUUUGUCACCUCUGAUCCUGGAAGUAGUGUACAGCAGCCAUUCGUAGCGUGAUCAGCAGCCCUUGCUAGCCUUUGCCUUGUCCUUCAAGAAUCUGUCUAAUCCCCUGCUAAAGCCCUCUAGGUUAGUGGUCAUCACUACAUUCCUUGGAAGCCAAUUCCACAGUUUAACUCCACGCUCUGUGAAGAAGUACUUCCUUUUGUCUGCCAUGAUUUCCCCAUCAGCUUCAGCGGAUGACCCUGGAUCCUAGUAUUAUGAGAGAGGGAGAAAAGCUGCUUUCUAUCCACUUUCUCCACUCCAUACAUAAUUUUAUACACCGAUAUCAUGUUCCCAUCCCAUUACUUGCCUUUUCCCUAAACUAAGCAGCCCCAAAUGUAACCUUUCCUUUGUGGUGCAUUAAAAGAUUAACGCAUUUAUUAUGUUAUGCGGUUUUGUGAACUAGAGUCCCAUGUCACAUUUGAGUAUUAUCUACAGAUGGCAGGUGUAUCUGAACAUAGGCAUAGAUAGAACAGGGUAAUGGGAACAGUGAGGUCAAAAGGAAACCGAAUGCAAAAAAUACAGUCUGUGACACUUACAUUAAAGCUGACCAUUCGCCACAAAACAAACAUCCUAGCAUUCCCGCACUAAUUAACACCUGUAGGAGGAUAGGAAGCCAUUAUCACAAUUCAAACCACUGUUGAUAGAACUGAACUCCUUGAUAAAUUGUAAUCCAAGCUAGAGAUUACAUCUGGGUCAUGUCUAUCAAAGUGGCAAGAAGAAAGGCAAGGAGCAUUUUACCAAAUUAUAUUUGAGGAUGGAGAAGCUAACCUCAAAGAAGUUGUGUGCUCUGUUGGGGGGAGAGGAGGGGGAUUUCCCCUCCAGCCCCCUCCCCCAUUAAAUUUAUCGCAUGGUCCUUAGCAAGCUGGGUUUUAAGUGCUUAAUAAAUGAUAAAUCAGAUAUGAAA